AAUGAGUGAAGGCACCGUGAAGCCAGGGGGCGGGGAGAAAGGGGACAUCAUGGCCGCCCCCAGUAGGCUGCUUCCGGCGACGUGUGGGAGUUACACUAACCCGCAGCUCCGCCACAGCGGACCCGCCUUCUGCCCUCAGCAGCUGAGCCUUGGUCGGGCCGGGACAGUUCUGCGAGGCGGCGGCUGGGGAGGGACCCAUGGGGACGGUACACGCCCGGAGUUUGGAGCCUCUUCCAUCAAGUGGACCUGAUUUUGGAGCAUUAGGAGAAGAAGCUGAAUUUGUUGAAGUUGAACCUGAAGCGAAACAGGAAAUUCUUGAAAAUAAAGAUGUGGUUGUUCAACAUGUUCAUUUUGAUGGGCUCGGAAGGACUAAAGAUGAUAUCAUCAUUUGUGAAAUUGGAGAUGUUUUUAAGGCUAAAAACCUCAUUGAGGUAAUGCGGAAAUCUCAUGAAGCCCGUGAAAAAUUGCUUCGUCUGGGCAUCUUUAGACAAGUGGAUGUUUUGAUUGAUACGUGCCAAGGUGAUGAUGCACUUCCAAAUGGGUUAGAUGUUACCUUCGAAGUAACUGAAUUAAGGAGAUUAACAGGCAGUUAUAACACCAUGGUUGGGAACAAUGAAGGCAGCAUGGUACUUGGCCUCAAACUCCCCAAUCUCCUAGGUCGUGCAGAAAAGGUGACUUUUCAGUUUUCCUAUGGAACCAAAGAAACUUCAUAUGGCCUGUCCUUCUUCAAACCACAGCCUGGAAACUUCGAAAGAAAUUUCUCCGUAAACUUGUAUAAAGUUACUGGGCAGUUCCCUUGGAGCUCACUGCGGGAGACGGACAGAGGGAUAUCAGCCGAGUACAGUUUUCCCAUAUGGAAGACCAGCCACACCGUCAAGUGGGAAGGCGUGUGGCGAGAGCUGGGCUGCCUCUCCAGGACAGCGUCAUUUGCUGUUCGCAAAGAAAGCGGGCAUUCGCUCAAAUCAUCUCUUUCGCAUGCCAUGGUCAUCGAUUCUCGGAAUUCUUCCAUCUUGCCAAGAAGAGGUGCUUUGCUGAAAGUUAACCAGGAGCUGGCGGGCUACACCGGAGGGGAUGUGAGCUUCCUCAAAGAAGAUUUUGAACUUCAGUUGAAUAAACAAUUCAUAUUCGAUUCAGUUUUCUCAGCGUCUCUCUGGGGUGGAAUGUUGGUGCCCAUUGGUGACAAGCCGUCCAGUAUUGCUGACAGGUUUUACCUUGGGGGACCGACAAGCGUCCGUGGAUUCAGCAUGCACAGCAUCGGGCCGCAGAGCGAAGGAGACUACCUCGGUGGAGAAGCAUACUGGGCCGGUGGCCUGCACCUGUAUACCCCGUUACCCUUCCGGCCAGGGCAGGGCGGCUUUGGAGAACUUUUCCGAACACACUUUUUUCUCAACGCAGGAAACCUCUGCAACCUCAACUAUGGGGAGGGCCCCAAAGCUCAUAUUCGCAAGCUGGCUGAAUGCAUCCGCUGGUCCUACGGUGCCGGCAUCGUCCUCAGGCUUGGCAACAUCGCUCGGCUGGAACUUAAUUACUGCGUCCCCAUGGGAGUGCAGAGGGGCGACAGGAUAUGUGAUGGCGUCCAGUUUGGAGCUGGGAUAAGGUUCCUGUAGCUGACACCCUCCAGGAGAAGCUCUGGGACGCGGGCAGCAGUGUGUCGCCCCUGCCACGGCUGAGAGAUUCUUUGACUGCGGUCCUGGCGGGAAACCACGUCAAUAAAGUGUAAAGACGCACACUCA